AUGGUGUACUUGAUUCAAUGCCAGCCAUCAAAGACUCAAUCUCAUCGUCUACGCCCUAUACUUGUAUUAACACCGUUAGGUCAAGUACUGGUUGGAGAUCACUUUGAAUAUUAUACUGUACGUACCUUUGGUCAUUCUCUACUUUAUUUGUCGUUUUUCACUUGGUAUGAUGUUGCGUUAUUAUCAUUCUCUCCCGUGAUCUUAGAUUGUUACGCCUCUUCUCGUGAUACUCUACUCUCUUCAACAAAAGGUGAACAAGUCCUAUUUGGUCAAUACAAACAUGCUUUUGAUUGUCCCUCUAGUUAUGGUUCUUAUCAUUGA